UUGCAGUCUGGUUGGCAAUCAUUUGCAUAGUGCGAACAAUGGUGGUCAUUGGAAAAAAGAAAAAAAAAAUUGCAGCAGAGAAGAAAGCAGUAAUUUAUUAGGUACGGAGAUUGAUUUGUUGGUUCUCUCAAUUAUGAUCAGCAAGGCAAGCAGCUCAUAAACUAUACAACCUUUCUUCGGUGCCUUAGCUGGAAGAAUCUUUGCUUCGCCUUAUAAGCACCUUAAUUUUCUGGCAGCAGCUCCUACACUUUACGGCCCGGCCGGCUUCUUGAUUAGUUCUCCUCUGCGGUGGUUGUUCGUGCGGUCGAGAAUGGGAAGACAGCCUUGUUGUGAUAAGGUAGGGCUUAAGAGAGGACCAUGGACCGUUGAGGAAGACAACAAGCUCACGAAUUUCAUCCUCAACAAUGGCAUACAAUGUUGGAGACUUGUCCCAAAACUGGCAGGUUUGAUGAGGUGUGGGAAGAGCUGUAGACUGAGGUGGAUUAAUUACCUUAGGCCUGACCUCAAGAGAGGAGCUUGGACUGAAGCGGAGGAAGACAUGAUCAUUGAACUUCAUUCUCGGCUAGGCAACAGGUGGUCCAAAAUAGCUGCACAUUUUCCUGGACGCACGGACAAUGAAAUCAAGAACCACUGGAACACCAAGAUCAAGAAGAAGUUGAAGUUCCUUGGCUUGGACCCUCUGACCCACAAGCCUAUCGAUCAACCUGAGAAUUGUGUCUCCAAAAGUGAAGAAUUUCGCGAAAAUAGCUCCUUGGGAGAACAAGAGGUCUUGAAGCUGGAAUUGCAAGAGACUUUGCAGUCUGAGGACUUCCAAACGCAACAAAAUGAGAAGAAUCUCAACACAAAUUUACACGAGCAACAGAGCACGGGAACCUCCAGUUCUAGUUUAGACGAGGAAAAGCCUAAUCUGGCUAGCAUGUUCAAUGAGACGAGAGAAUUUCCAGAAACGGGGUCAAUUGAAAUCCAGAAUUCAGAGCCCCUGGAUGCUAUUUCUUACAUUGUUGGAACGAAUGAUAUUCAGCUGGAAGACCCUUUUCAGAAUUGGAUUGAUAGCCCACUUCCAUGGGAUGUUUUCAGCUCUUUAGGAGAAAAUUUCCUCUGAAUCAAAAACAGUGUAAAAAAAAAAGAGAGGAAGAACACAAAUGGGUCUUCCUCCGGACCAAAACAUCGUCUUCUUGUGAA